AAAAAAAUAUAGAUAUGUAUAUCAUAAGCAAUCAUAAUAUUUUUUUAUGUAGAUUUAAGCUUAUAUAUUUCUGACAAAACUUGUAAUGAACCAUUUUUAUUUUGGGAUAUUAAUGAAGUACAAACAUAAGAUAUAUUAUAGAUAUUUUAAAACGUUCGUGACUAUAGAGAGUGAUAAUGAAAGCGAUACCCAAAAAGCAAAAGAAAGAUUCUACAAGCUAAAUCCUACAGAUAUUUUCGUAAAUUUUGAUCGGACGCCACAUAUGGACUGUAUUAUCAAGUAUAAUAAAUUUCUUCAAAGUUGUUUACGUCGAUCAAUUUACGAGCAAUCGCUCGAAAAGCUUAGACAAUUGUAUCAGAAUUUUGACCAUGUUUCAAUACAUAUUGAUGGCAGUAUAGAAUCAAGCGUCGUUCUCCAUCUUGCUCAUAUAUGUAAAACUCAGUCGAAUUUCAAUAAUAAGUUACAAGUGGUUUACUUCAAAGAGAAACAAUCGGCUGAUCUAGAAGAAUUCGUCAAGGGAAUGAUUGAUAAAUAUAAUUUAGUAGUGUAUAUUGUGGAAGAUGCGCCUGAUAAAAGGAUAAACAAAUUAAUAUUUAUGCAACCGCACUUACGAAAACUAUUAAUCGGAAAAAUCGAAGAAGUUGGCAAAAAUGAAGUUAACCAUAACUAUAACAACAUAAGUAAUGCGGACCACACACACACACAAUUGCAAAUCUAUAAUCUUUUACAUAAAUGGACGAAUGAAGAUGUAUGGACUUUAGCCUCGUCGUUGUAUCUGCCAUAUAAAUCGGCGGCUUAAAAAAAGUGAAUUCUCGAAAUUUGAAAAUGUUUCCGGCCUGAUAUCGUAUUUGCAAGGACGAUGCACGAUGAAUAAAAGCGACUUAGUAUUGUCUACGUGCAUUUUCGAUAUGUCUGUUUGGCCAUCCGAGCGAAACUGGAAUGUACAUGGAAGGGAGAAGUACUAGGGAAUGGGAAAAUUGUGGGGGAUGAGAUUGAGGUACCUCGCGAGGGUAUGAGCGAACUACAAGCUCGUAUUACACAUUUUUCAAUCGAAGAAAAGCCGGCUGGUUGGAAAGAGAAACAUUCUCAGCCUCUUCCAUUACUUCUUUAUCAUUUCUGUUCCAUUUCUUUUGAGAUUUUAUUCCGAGUCAAAUUAUUUCUACUUUUAUUUGUUGAAGCUCUAAAAUUAGAGCAAGUUACGGUGUUUUACUGAUGACUAUCACGCUACAUCGCAAAUCCAACCAUACUUUUAUCCAAGCAUGUAUUUUGUUGGUAUCGUUUGAGUUUCGUACAAAUAAUGAAAGUAAAAAAUUAAUAAUGACAAAACAUCAUUCGAACGAUAAACGGUAAAAUAUACAUCAAUAUAUGUGCAUUCGUAUAUACAUAGACACGUCGUACAUAUUCAGUACAUAUUCAGAAUGAAAAAGAGAAGCCGGUAGUACUGGAGAUAGAAGAAAGGAAACGAAUGUAUAUUUCCAGAACAAAUAUUUACGCAAAAUAGGUAUAAAAAGAAUGUGUUUUCUGUUUGAUUUGUGACUGUAUUUUUCUUUCCGAUUCAACAGUCCUCUGUUCUUUCUCCCUCGCCCUUGCCACCAUCAAGCAACCACCCAUCCACUCACUUACUCUCGACUAGCUCUCCCCUCUUUCGCACGUUUCCUCUCGCGGAUCCUCUGCGCUCGCGUUUGCGUGGGCGGACAGCAGAUGAAGAGAAGGGAAAAUUCUAUGGGCAUAGGUUAUUGACAUAUAUAUAAUAUAUCGAGUUGAUGUUUUGUAAGAUUUGAUCAACACUUUUUUUUACAUGUGUCAAAAAAUGUGGAAAUAAAUUUACUUUUCGC